CAAAGAAUGUUCCCAAUCUGUAAACGGUUCUAUAGAAAGUAGGGUAUAAGACAUCAAGAAAAGGCCUCCUUUAUCUUUAUAAACUGCCACCCGUUUACCAGAGAGGAUAUAUGCAGGGAGAGAGGCUUCCUUGUAAACAACCUUCCGUCCUUCAAUCCCUUUUGAUUUGUAACUUCAAGUUUUGUAGACUAUUAUUUAUUUAUUUAUUUUCCAUUUUUUGCUAAUUUCAAGUAUUAUUUUUUCUGGGUCAUAAAUAUUUUGGGGGCUCUGGAAAUUCUAAGCGGCUAUUUGUCUCCCUCCUUUUUUUUCUCUCGAGGUCGAGAAUUUUAAAUUGGUAGAUCUCCAUUUUUGAGUAUUUUUUAUAUUUAAUUUACAUUUUUUUUUGGCUUGAUCUUGUAACCGAGAAUACACACGCGCACACACCAUAUAUAUGUAUGUACAUAUAGGGUAUUCAAAGACAUUGGGAGAAAUUAUAUAAUAUGGUGUCAGAAGGGGGAUCUCGUUAUUGUUCCAAGAAGACUGAUGAUAUAUGUGGUAAUGAGUGGAUUGCUGAAAAUAUUAUUCAACAGAACAAAUACAAGACAAAAGAGCUGCAACUGCAGAGAUGGAAAUAUUAGACUUCAAUCUCAAAAGUCAAAUCUCAAUUCCAAGUCUGUCCCUACCUACAAGCACCGAAAAUACAAUCCAUGGCGUCUUCCAGGGCCUUGAUCCAAGAUUUCAUGUCUGCCUCUGGUCGUGCAUCGGAGAAGCUUAGCCUUCCAAUUCUUCAAUCCAAGAUGAAGUCCGACCCCGAGGGCUAUACGUCGGAGCUCGUUUUAAUUUACUAUCAAUUUAAGUCAUCUCUCGAACUUUUCGAGCAGCAAGCGGCUUUAAAUUUUACCUCAUUGAGUGGAAUCGCCACUGACCCGACGGUGGCAAAGGAUUUGGGUGAUAGAGCCUUGUUCUUGGCUCAUGUCACUCCAUUUUACCCUAAACAAUUAGCGCAAUUCCCAAAAGAGCUGGCACAAUUUUUGAAGUCUUCGGCCCUGUCCCUGCCAUCGGGACUCAGGGUGCAUGUAACUGAAGCUCUGAUUCUUCUAAGUAAUCGCAAGUUAGUUGAUAUUGUGGAGACACUUGAAUUGUUCAUGGAGCUCCAAAGUUUGGGGGAUAGGGUGUUGAGGCAGCUAGCAUUCUCGAAUGUAAUACAUGGUAUUAGGCGGAUGAAUCAGAAGCAUAAGAAUGAUCCCAAGAAUCGGGCACUUCAAAAUAUUUUGUUCAGCAUGUUGCAGCGAGAAGAUGAGGCAAUAGCGAAAAGAGCUCUUAUUACCCUAUGCGAUUUUCAUCGGAGGAAGGUCUGGCUUGAUGAUCGGACAGCAAAUGCCAUAUGUGUGGCAUGUUUUCACGUGUCAUCAAAGAUCAUGAUAGCCGCUCUAUCAUUUCUUCUUGAUUCUGAGAAGAUUGAAAAUGAUGAUGACGCUGAUGAUUCAGGCAGUGAAGAUGACCUUGAAACACAACAGACUCAGAUAGUAGUCAAUAAAGAGUCUAUUUACAAGGCAAAGCAUAAAGGCACAACAUCGAGCAAAAAGAAAAAGAAAGCGAAAUUGCAACGUGUCAUUCGUAGCAUGAAGAAGCAGCAGCGGCUCUCUUCUAAGAAUAGUAAUAAUUCCAAUUACUUUUCACCAUUAAACCAUUUGAAAGAUGCACAGGGCUUUGCUGAAAAGCUGUUCUCACGCCUUCCAACUUGCAAUGAAAAGUUUGAGGUUAAGAUGAUGAUGUUAAAAGUAAUUUCCCGAACUGUUGGACUUCACCGCUUGAUUUUGUUAAACUUCUAUCCUUACCUUCAAAAAUACAUUCAGCCUCAUCAACGUGAUGUCACAAGUUUACUUGCAGCAGCUGUGCAGGCCUGCCAUGACAUGGUACCACCUGAUGCAGUAGAACCAUUAUUUAAGCAAAUAGUCAAUCAAUUUGUGCACGAUCGGUCACGUACAGAGGCAAUCUCUGUUGGACUGAAUGUAGUGCGGGAAAUAUGUCUACGCAUGCCUUUGUGUUUUCCCCUUAUCCGUUCCCAGUUGAUGAUUGAAGAUUUGCUUCAAGAUCUCGUUUUGUCUAAAAAAUCACACGAGAAGGCAGUAUCUUCAGCUGCACGUUCACUUGUUACUUUAUUCAGAGAGGUUUGCCCUUCACUAUUGAUCAAGAAGGAUAGAGGGAGGCCUACUCACCCAAAAGCCAGACCUAAAGCAUUUGGAGAGGUGCAGGUUGCUAGUAAUGUCCCUGGGGUCGAGUUGUUGAAACAAGAUGAUGAUGGCAGUGGUGAUGACAUUGAUGAGGAUGGGGGAUACAGUGGCUUGUCCAAUGAUGAUAAUGAAAAUGUUGAUGUUGGGCCUAUUGAAGAAGGUGAUUCUCAGUGUGAAUAUGGUGGGUCCAGUGAUGAUGACUCUGUUACUGAUGGUGACAGUGGUGAAUAUGAUGUACAAGAGGAUGAUGAAGUGUCUGAUAGUGAUAAUGAUGAUAAAACUGCUGAUCAUGCAGAUGACAUUAGUGACAAAUACAAGAGUGAUGAACAUGACGACGAGGAGCUACAGGAGGACCCUACAUCUUUACUGGAAUCUGAUGAUGGAACUGCAAAGAACAAGAAAUCUAAAGCACAGAAGAGGAAGUUUUCUGAUUUUGACGGACAAUUGAAUGCUGCCAGCAAGAGUCUUCGUGCUUUAAAGAAAUUAGCUGGAGAAAAGGUGGAGGAUGCUGCUGAGAACACUAGUGAUGGUAUUCUUUCCAACGAGGACUUCCAAAGAAUAAAAGAGCUUAAGACUAAGGAGGAGGCCAAAAUUGCCGUGGUCCAGCAUGGAUUUAAGAUUCCAAGCUCAGACCAACUUGGUACCAAGAGAAUUGAUGCUGCCAAACUUGAGGCUAACAUACGGAAGAAGUUAACCAAAGAUGAAAAAUUGGCAUUGGUAAGAGCCGGGAGGGAGGAGAGAGGGAAAUAUCAAUCUCGUACUUCUAUAAAACGGAAAAAGACGGGUGGUACAAGCAACCAGCAAAAGGAACACAAAAAAGCUAUGCCCCUUGCUGCAAGGAGAUUCAAGAUUGCAAAAGUCCGGGUAGAGAAGAAGAAAAAACAGCAACGUUCUGGCAAGCAAUUCCGCGGAAGGAAAGCAUGGAAAUGACAUGUUAUUUAUUUAGCAAGUGUUUUAUUUUAUUUAGUUAUGCAGUAUCUCCUUUUCUUUGCAAUAUAGAUGGGAAUACAUAUAAAUUUUGUUCUUGUAAUAACUUUUUGGAGGAAAAUGUUACAAUUCGGAAAAAAAUCAAUGGUGAAAAAUAUUGCAAAUUUUGAAUAUUA